AUUUGGCUUAUUCCAUAAUUCUGAAAGCGGAUAUGACCAUGUGAGGACGAGGUGGUGUUAUAUUUGAGUGUUCGUCCGUUUCCGUAGUUGUACACUCUGAGAGCAUGGUCCACACGAUGUAUGAGGCUGAGAAGGAGAAUUUUCUAGUCGAUCUAAAGUAGAUUUGAUCUAAAAAAAAAGUCGGUCCAAGAAGAAGAAGCUGUGCUUCACAUUAUUUCUAUUGAGAGCGACGUGAUGUGAGUUCUAUCUCUUCUGGUACUCCUACUCUUCAUCUACUUCUUCUGUGCAGUUUAUUACUAAGUCUGUUGAGUAGAGCAGUUCUGUUCCUGUUGAGAGUCGUCCCACUGUUUGAGGACCUCUUUAGGCCGUGUGAUCCAAUCUCUGUACUAGCUAGCGAGAGCGAUGCUGGUAGAUAUGUUGAUAUGUUCAUGUUGUACCUCUGCUGAACUUACUCACAGCACAGAAAUUUAAGAAGCAAGCGGUUUUCCGACGACCCCUGACUUUUCUCUUUUCUUGGUAGUGUUGCAACAUCUUCUGAUCAACAAUUCACGUCCAUUUAAUAUUUCGAAAAACAACAAGUUCAAGUGUAGUGCUCCUUGUUUCUUCCAUCUCAGAUUUGAUCUAUCAUCUUCACGACAUUGCUUGAUCACAUUGAUCUAUUAGAUCAACAGACUUCCAACCUUAGACAAAAUGGGUGGUGAAUCACAGAGCAUCGGUGAAAAAAUGGCCGCUUUGCGGAAGACGUCUAUCGUGCUUGGCGAAGCGCCGUGGGAUUUGAAAUCUCGUGAAAACCGAAAGACGAAUUGGGUACAACGCUUGAGAAAUAAAUAACCUCUUUUUAGGAUGAGAGAACAGAAAGGAAGACUUGAGCUUCAACUCAAGAAGUAGAUUAAUGACUUACUAAUGAAAGCGCCUACAAUCUAAACAAUUCGUCACUCUUCUCAUAAUAGGUUGCAGGUCGUGUCAAGACUUCUUUAGAAUGAAAUAACACGAUAAGUUAAAGUUGUCAGAAGCUCCUUACAGUGCAUGAUAUAAGUACACUAUUUUGGUUAAGUAAUCAAAGAUGAAAGUGAAUAGAACAUGUUGCAUUUUCACUUUUUGGUUUCGAUAUCCAUGAUGCUUUUGUUCAAAAAUAAAAAAAAAACAGACUCAAGCAAUGACGCCUUCGAGACAGGUUGCAGAGACAUCUGCUGCAGCCAUGCCCCCAAAAUACACGACUCAAAAGGUUGAGAGCGAAAUGAAGGCGCGCUACCAGGUGCCAGGGUUCGUACAGCCGAAGGCUUAAGCUGCAGGAAAGUAGAAUGAGGGGGCUUAAGGAUUUUUAGACGAUCGUAAAGAAUAUGGAAGUAGAUCUCGAUACACAUACUCCAAUAAUCAUGAUUCCUUACAUAUAUUAAAAUGAACAUUGAACCAAGUGACUUGACCUUACUUCUCGUAACAGUUCGAAAUAUUAUGAUUUUAAGAAAAAAAUAGAGAUAGACGACAUCAUAUAGCUACCGCUAUAAUCAUGUUCUUGUAAAAAGAUUUGUAACUACGCUGACAAAGCAGAUGGUAACGCAGCACCUGCACAUUCAUACUCCCUUGAUAUAUAAAGAUAUCCGACAUCGGAAUAAUAUUCAUGAUAAUUAGAGAAGGGCAAGAGCUUGACAUUAGAUGUAGUUGUAGAAGUUGUGAACACAGGAAAAGGUCAUGCAGACAACUAGCAUCACUGUCCAAUUAUUCUGAAUAACACUUCACCAGCUGACAACAGACGAGAAAACAAGUUGUAGUAGGAGGGGACGAGGAGUCCUCUUCGGCUUCACGGCAAU